UUGAACUUUCUUUUUUUUACUUCAGUGGAGAGAACACAUCUACGUUUUGCUUUAAUCGAGUCGGAUAGUCAGCUUCAGAAAUUCACGGAAAAAUACCUUAUACGACUAAUAGAAAUAGCUGGAUCUGAGCCAGGAACAGUUGGAAAGAUUCGCGAAAUUCUCAGUCAGUAUAAUCGUCGAGUAAAGUCCAAUGCAUCAAUAACUUAUCCUGUCAAGGAACUUCUAGCUUUGGUGAAGGAGAAGGGCCCUAUUGCAUCUAACCUGUCCCUGGUGUAUUUACGAUAUGCUAGUUUAAAUCUUAUUGAGGACCAGCAGAUAGAGUUACUACCUCUUUUGUUCGAAGCGCUCUCUGAGAAGGCGCAUGAACACAUUCAAAACGUCGAACUGUUAUCUCUCUGCAUUCCGGGUUUCUUAGCUUUAUCUCAAAAAGAUCAGCACACAUGGCCGGCUUUCUCGCUUCCAGCUGAACUCAAGACUUUGCUACUGCGAUUCUUCUACUGCAUCAUGGCCUUUGAUGUAAACUCAAUAGAAGAUGUGGAGCAAACUUGCGCGUAUAUAAAGAAUUCGAAAAAGGCGUUCACUUAUGGGAUGAGCACAGAAGAGUUUGUUAUGAUUGCUGAGAAGGUCAUGAGCAAGAAAUACAGUUUUGUUCAGAUCAAACUGGCAGUUAUCAAACUUCUCACUUCGGGGCUGUUUGAAGAUCAAGCGAUCUUCUCUAUUAUAGUGUUGGGAACAGGGCAAAGUAUAGAAGCAGUAAGUGACGCUGCUGAAAGUGCCAUGAAGAAGAUGGAUAUUAAUGUUUCCGUGGACAACCGCGUCGUUGUGGAUGAACUAAUGGCGAGCUAUCUUGGCAUAACUACGCCCACUAAGCCAGUGAUUGGGAAUGUUCAAACCGUUUCCCCUGUCUGUGCGGCGAUGAAGCAAAAAAUUCUACAAUAUCUUACACGAUCAAAUAUUGCUCCAGUAGCUUAUAUGAAUAACAUGAAGGUGUGUCUGGAUGGGCUAACGCAUGUUUCGCGAACGGAAUCGAAAUUACUAGUAGCUGCGUUGAAUUUUCUCAUCAAAGUCAUAGAGAAUAUGCCUGCAGCAGCUCAGAAAAACUUUGGUCCUCUACUUUUUGACAGAGUUCAGAAAAUCCAGGAAGCAGAAAAUGGAGUAGCUUUGUCGCUCAUGUAUCGAUGCCUCGGGAUUCUCGGGAAACGUGAUUCGGCUAUUCUGACUGGACAAGUCGACAUUAUUGGACGCACUUUCAAAAGCAUUGCGGAAGUGAGCAUUUCUAGCUGUCUUCAGUUAUAUUUUACUUGA